AUGUCGAGUGAGUGCACCUGAUAAAUCAAGUUUCGCUCACCGUUCCGCGACUGAUCUCGAGAUGUUGCUCCUGGACCCCUCUUUCCAGAACGACUGACCUUGGCCGAACAGCUCGCUCAGAUCGCGGAGCCAGCACCCCGAGGUCAGCAGCAUCCACAGCUCUCGAUCCGGGCAUCAGCAUCCAGUCCGAGGAGCUGAUCCUUCCGUUCAACGUUCAACAGAUUUCGACCCCGAGGACUCGUAUGCGACCUACGCGAACGAGCGAAACAAAGGCGAGCAAGCCGAUUUGGAAGCCGGUCGAGCCGAGUAUUUACCAGUUGGGUACGUGACCCGGACAGAUUCGGCCCUAUGGGGAAUCAUCCCUGGCUGAAAACCCGAUUCGAUUGGUCGCAGGCCCGGGGGGUUGAGAAAGAAGGGCGAGGCGCUGGUCGAUUCGAAAUAUGACGGCAAGAAGGGGAGUAGGCGGACCAUGUUUGGUGGCGAGGAGGACGAGGACGAGGAGCAUAAUGAGGAUGGCGAAGACCUCGACGAAGACGAAGACAGCGAGCAAGACGACGACGGAGGCGACGACUUUGACGAUCUCGUCGGAUCCGAGGACUCGCAGGAAUUCGCCUCGGCUGAUCAGGACGACAACGACGACGACGAUGAAGGGGAGGACCUCGCCCCCAUUGCAUCGACAAGCAACAAACAAGCCCCACCAUCAGCCCUCAAGACCUCAACCAAGUCCUCCAUAACCAAAGGCAAAUCCGCCGAUGAACGAGCCAUGAUUUCGCAACUCCGGACUGCGGCCCACGCCGACAUCGAAAAAGGUAUCGACGUCAAGAAGCAGCUUUCGUUCUGCGAUAGCGUGCUCGAGUCGAGGAUCAAGUUGCAGAAGGCCGUCACUGCCAUCAACGUGCUUCCAAGACCGGGGAAUGCCGAGAUGUACUAUGAGCAGGUGGAGGAGGAGAGGGAACGGGCUAGGCUUGAGGUUGAGGCGCUGAAUGAGGAAUUGUUCAAGCUCCGGAGUGUGAGUCGCCAUGGCGUGCUCGAGUGGCGCGAAAUUCUCUUUGCUCAUUGAUUUCUCCUUGACCAUACCUACUUGCUUGCAGACUAUGUUACAGGGAAAAGAACAGAUCCAACUCCCGGCAAACCUCGGGCAAUCGAGGAAACGUCACCGCAACCCCGACUCGGCGCAGGAGUACCUUGCUGCGACGGUCAAGGACCUGGCCGCGAUCGAGACCGCGUGAGCACAGUAUUCGUCUUGCAACUGCUCAAGUAAAACCUCAUGACUGACUCUUGAUCGUCUACCGCCCACCAGCCUCGAGCCCUUCCUCCGCACGACCAUCACCAAAUGGUCCGACAAAGUCCUCGCCGCUUCCGGUCUCGCCCUCGGCAAAGACAAGAAAUUCAAAGCCGUGAACCAAAACGCUAUGGCGCAAAUAGACCAUGCGCUCGGACAUCUGGAACGUGAACGGCUCGUCAAGAGGACUCGGUUGAGGAGGGCGACUGAUCGAGCUGUUGUGGGACAAGCUGAUUUGGGGACGUUGGAGGGGGAGAAGACGCCCGCGGACGAAGAGGUAUUUGAUGAUGGUGAUUUCUAUCAACAAUUGUUAAGGGAUGUGAUUGAGAGUAAGAUGCUCGAUCUCGGUGCGUUAUUCCCCUCGGGUCUCGUCCGGACUUGCUUCGAUCGGAGUGUUCUGACCGGUUUUGGACCGAUGCACAGACGACCCUACUUUGGAGAGUUUGCGCCAGGCAACGGCGAGGAGCAAGAAGCAGAAGAAGGUCGUCGAUACCCGUGCGAGUAAAGGUCGUAAGAUUCGGUACCAUGUUCAUGAAAAGAUGCAGAAUUUCAUGGUCCCGAUAGAAGCUGGUAAGCUAAGACCUACAUACGUUCGUGUCUCUCGCACCUGGAGCUAAUUCGGCCUUUCUCAUUACGCUAGGUGGGUGGCACGAGGAAAAAGUCGACGAACUAUUCGCCAGUCUGCUGGGUCGUUCGUUCCCUCAAGUCAACUCGAACGAAGAGGAAGUGAGCAAGGUCUCGACAGGGAGGAGUGGUGCGACCGCUUCGGAGAAUGUCGACGUUGGGUCGCUCAGAAUUUUCGGGUAG